AUGAAGUUCCUCAAGGUCGGCCGUGUUGCCAUCAUCACCCGAGGCAGAUAUGCCGGAAAGAAGGUCGUGAUCAUCCAACCCCAAGACACCGGAAACAAGUCGCACCCAUACCCUCACGCACUGGUCGCCGGUAUCGAGCGCUACCCAUCCCAGAUCACUCGCCGUAUGUCAAAGACCCGACAAGCCAAGCGAAGCAAGGUCAAGCCGUUCAUCAAGGUCAUCAACUACAACCACUUGAUGCCCACACGUUACACGCUCGAGCUGGAGGGGCUGAAGGGUGUUGUUACGGCCGAUACUUUCAAGGAGGUUUCUCAACGAGAGGAUGCGAAGAAGACUGUCAAGAAGGCGUUGGAGGAGAGAUACACGUCGGGAAAGAACAGAUGGUUCUUCACUCCUCUGAGUACGCUUUGGGAUUCGAGCCGGCUGCAAGAGGUUUUGCUAACAUGA